AUGGCAAAAUUGGAUAUUGUACAUCAGCGAUUAUUGGACGAAUGGCGACAAGAAUCGAAACGAGAUCUUUCACAACUGGAAAUGGUAUUAAAAAGUGCCGAGAUGGAAGUUGAAGGCAGGAAGCUGAUGGUUGAGUGGAAUAAGGAGCCGAAAAAUCUCGAAAUGAUUGGUAUCAGACUGAAACGAAUUAAGGAAUUGAUGAAUAACAGAAACGCUUUGCGUGGUCUCAGUCAUCAGGCUUUGCUUAUGAUUCAUCGAGAUGUUUUGGAAAUAGACGCUUUGUGUGCCAUACUCAGAUGUGAUCUGAAUUCAUUCCGUGAAGCUAUCACUAUUCUCAUUAGCUUCUACAAUUCUUAUGGUUCAAGCGAAGAAUGGCCAAAUAAAUGGUUGAUGAUUGGUUUAGAUCUUAUGUUCCUUUUGGCUACAAGUCAACAUACUCAAUUCCACAUGUUAUUGGAACAGAUCGAUCAAGAUAUUCAACAGAAGAAUCCAUAUAUCAAGACACCCGUGACAUUAGAGCAAUCGCUUAUUGAAGGUGCUUAUCAUAAGAUAAUGUUAGCGGAAAAAAAUAUUCCCAGUCCUUACUACGCAUUGUUCAUACGUAUAUCAAUGGACACAGUACGGGAUGAAAUAGCUUCAUGUAUGGAGCGUGCAUUCAUCAAAAUAUCACAACGAGAUGCUGCACGAUUACUUCUGUUUGAUGAUAUCAACGAAAUGACGCCUUUUGCGGCAAAGCGUGGUUGGAAAAGCAGUAUGUAUGGUCGCGGUGUCAUGUACGUAUUUGAUCAUGCACAGGAAACCCACGCGGAGCCGCAGCUAGAUACCGAAAGGAUCGUCAAACAAACAAUUUAUUAUGCGAAACAACUCGAAAUGAUCGUAUAG